CCCUUUUCUUAAUUUUUCAUCUCAAUUUGAUAACCUUUUGCUUUUGAUUUCUCUCCUUUUUGGUUGAUUGUAUUGGUGAGAUAAUGUUAGGCUGUUAGUGCUAAUGGGUUUAAUCUAUUUUAUUGUUUCGUGUGGGUUUGGAUGACUUUGGAUAUUGGAUUGUGCCUGUGUGGUUGCCGAGAAAUGGUUCGGGUAAGGUGCUUUGUAGAGUUUUUGGGUAUGUUUGGCUGCUGAGAAAUGGGUCUUGGAACUUGUUUGCAUGGUGGGAGUGGCUUUGAACGGGUUUUUGGCGAAUUUUGUUUUUGAUUUCUUUCCUUUAUGUUCUACCGUAUGGGUAAGAUGAUGUCAGUUUCUAUGAUUUGAAUAUAUUUUAUCACUUUGUGGUGUUGGAUGAGUUGGGGGUGUCAGGCUAUGGUCUGUUUGGUUGCUAUGAAAUGAGUCGGGGAAGUUGGUUUUAUAGGUGGUGGGUGUUUUGAGUCAGUUUUGGGUGUGUUUGGCAGCUCAGAAAUGGCUAUGGAAACUUGUUUGCUUGCGCAAUAGGAGUAGUUUUUUUUGUCCUUUUCUAUUGUUUCAGUGUGUUAGUGAGAUGAUCUCAGUGUUGAUGAUUUUAAUCUAUAUUGUUUAUUUGUAUUGUUUUAGAGGAGUUUGGAUGUUGGAUUGCGCACUGUUUGGUUCCCGAGAAAUGAUUGGGGAAGGGUUUUAUUUAUUUAUUUAUUUAUUAUUAUUAUUUUUUUAGUUUUACUUUUUUCAUUUAGUAUGAGUUCUGACCAAGUUUGCAUAUGUUUCUUGCCAAGAAAUGGCUCUCGGAAGUUGUUUGCAUGGUUAGUGUAAUUUUGAAUGAGUUUGGCUGUGUUUGAUUGCUGAGAAAUGAGUAUAGGAAGUUGUUUGCUUGCAAGUUGGUGUGGUUUUGAAUCAGUUUGAGGGAAUUUAUAUUCUUUAACAACAUUUGCAGAUGAAAAUGGGAAACUUUAAUGAAAUUUGGAAAAUAAAAGGUGACACUUUAACUACAUCUGGAAAUGGAAUUGGGAGAAAUAAUAAUUUUGAUAGUUCUAGGAGGGAUUCUGUUUAAAAAUAAAUGUACAUUUUAGGGAACACAAUUGUGAAUUGUUUUCUGCGAAGUUUUUUGUUAUGAUGGUAGUUGGAACUUGCCACCAUUAUGCUAAUCAUAAUUCCUGGGAGAAAGAUUACGGUUAGUUGGAUUCUUGGAAAACACAGAGAAAGGGGAAAAAAUAGGAACAUAUAUCAAAUUCUCGGAAAAUGAAAUACAACAAAAAUUAUUUGAGGACUUCUGCAUUUUUUCAAAUACUUCAUUUUUCAUUUAAAAUGCUAAUAAAGUUGGAGAAAUACUGAAAAAGGAAAUUUAUUGAGUUCAAACUUGUUUUAGUUUUAUUUUUCUUUCCCAUUUACCUCCAACUUCCCUUUCCCACUUGCAAUUUCUGAUGUCCAAAUAAAGCCAUAAAAAUUAAAAAGGAGGAAAUUAUGAGAGAAUGUUGCAUAUAGAUGUAGCUUUGCUUGUUUGUAUUUUUUUCCCCUUUAGGCAAAACUGGGGCAAAAUCAUGAGUAAUGAAUGGGUAUUAUAAAAUUUCUUGUGAAGAGAUUUCAGGGUUUAUUAUUUUAUUUUAUAAAUUUUUUAAGACAUAUUUUGGGAUGUUUUACACUCAAUCAGCCUCUGUUUUCUUUAUUUUUCUGGAGGUAGAUCUUUCCAUCAUAGUCCUAAACCUCUUUUUAAGAUUAAAGCUUGACCUAAACACCCGAAAGCCUAUAGUAUUUGCAAUCCUCAAAAUUGUUUAUCCAAAAUUCAGGUUUUGUUUCAUAAGGUUUUUGAAAUUAGUUCUCAAAAUUAGUUUUUGAUGAAUAAAAUUAGUUUUUAGGAACAAAAUUUUGUUUGGGAAUUCAAAGAUAAAAAACAAUUUUCCAGGUCUAUUCCCUGUGAAGAUAUUUUGCAAUUAUAUACAACACAAAAGCUCUCAGCUUAUUCUCCAUAUUUCUAAUUGAUACUAAGAAGUGAGAGCACUCUGUAAAAAAAUCUGAAAGCACCUCAAACUUGUUAUUAAAAAUCACCUUGUUUUCAAAACAAAUUUUCAAAAAAUUGUUUUAAUAUGAACUUUGCCAAAUGUGCUUUUGAUGUUAGAAAGCCAUUUUAUUUUAAAGAACAGAAAACUAUUUUUAAAAACAGUUUCCGAAUAGUUCCUUAGCUAAUUAUUGUCUCUCAACUGUGCCUUUUUCUAUCUAUAUUUCAUUAGUAAACCCUGAAAUUAUUUUUCUUGCUGCACGAACUAAUUAUUGUAACCUUUUCUAAACAAUGGCCCACUAAUAGAGAGAUUCUGGAGAACAAAUUCAAGGUUUAAUUGCUGUAUUGCUUCUACAUUUGGUUCUGAUGUGUUGGUAAGAUAUAUGAGAACAUCUCUUCUAAAUCAUUGGCACUCAUAAUUAUUGCCAACUGUUUGAAUAUUGAAGGUUUUUGUCCGUAUUUGGAUAAGAAGGUUUUUUCCCCACUCCCUUAUUAUCCUGAAACUUUGGCACAAAAUUUAUCACUAAAUAUUCUUAAAUAACUGUGGGAGUAUCAUUAAUUGUGUAUCUGUACAUUGAUCUAUCUUAGUUGGAAUUUGGUUCAACUAUUGUUGGAAAACUGGAACUUCCCAUAACAGUACUAUGUCAUUGCCUGAACUAAAGCAAUCAACUGCAUCUGUAUUUUCACUUUUCCUUGGAUAUCCUAAAUGUAAUGCUUUCUUCCCUUUUAUUUGCAUGUCUUUUUUUGGGGAGUAGUGUAAUAUAAUAUACUUGUAAUAACAAAUUUGUAGUGUCAGGUUAGUUGAAUAUUUUUCUUGCACUAAGCCAAUGAUAAUAAUAAUUUCUUUUUCCUCUGACUAAAGCAAUUUUCAUUUGUGCAGUCAAGACAGUAUAUAUAAUCUAUUAUACUCUCAAAUAGUUAUCACUUGAAAGGGUUCCAUGGCAGGUAAUGGCCUGCCAUCUCUGGGUCGUGUGAAACUCUGCGAUCUGAUUGCUUGUGAAGGCCUUCCUUCUGAUUCUUAUAAGUUAUCUGUGUCCACUUUGUCACAAUCACUAGCUCAAUAUUCUGCUGCUAUCAUUCAAUUUCCUUCAAGUGAUGGAGCCCUUCUAAGGUCUGGUUUGGAUUCUGCUCACCUCUACUUCCAUCAAAGAGCAUCUUACCCAGCUGCAGAUAUGAUCCAUAACAAUGAAUCUCGUGAGUGGUGCAAGACCUCUGGUUAUUAUGCAGAUCCGCAACAGUGGCAAGAAACCUAUGAUUUCAGACCAGGCUUAACUCCUCCAGAAUCAAAUAGCGGUUUGGAAUUCCCUCCAGCUGGUUUGCCAGAUAUAUUUUCUCUGCUUGGCAAAGCAGCUCGGGAUAUUCUGGAUGCUAUCAGCUUCUAUUUGAACUUGCGUAGCUCGCCUUUUACUGAAAUACUCGAUAAUGUUCCCUUGAGAAGUCGUGAAAUAUCAUCUUCUGUACUGUCUGUUUGCUGUUAUGGAAGGCCAUCCUUUCAGGGACCACAACAUCAUAAUUUAACUACCCAAGAGGAUGGCCAAUUAGUUAUGUUUUCUGAUCAUGAGCACCAAGUUGAUAAAAGCCUGAUAACACUUGUCAAGUCAGAUAAAGCAGGCUUACAUGUAAGAGACUUUCAUGGUCGUUGGAUUCUUGUGGAUGGGGAUCUUGGUCCCCAAGAAGCCAUUGUUUAUCCUGGACUCGCACUCUACCAGGCAACUGCUGGCUAUGUUGGCCCUGCACUACACCGAACAGAGAUUAGUAAUAUGCAGGGUAAUAUGUAUGGACGAUGCUCUCUAGCUUUCAAACUCAUGCCCAAAUCCAUGACCAGUCUCAAUUGUUCGGAGAUGAGGGCAGCUGGUCAUGGGGUUGAAGCUCAGUUUCAGCUUCCAGUACCAGUGGAUGACUUUAUGCAGAGAUCCCACCCCACCGAGCAACUUUUUAACAGAAACAAUUUCCCAAGUUUCAAUUUUCCUACAGCCCAAGAUGGAUCUAUGAAGCCCUUGAUGAGGAGGAGGAAGAAUAAUUCUAGAUGCAAACCUCUCCCACCUUCCAAGAGGUUACGACUAGAGGCACAAAGAGUUCUCAAGGAGAGAGUUCAGGAUAUUGCAGAUAAGAAGGGCAUCAAGUUGAGGUUCUGUAAUCUGAAGGAAUGUGAGAGUCACAUCCAUACACUUGACAGUCCUUGUGCCAAUACAAGAAUGGAGAUCGGGUGGCCACCAGGGGUUCCAUUUGUUCAUCCUCAUGAUCUACCAAACAAGGCAAAGAUUGGUUUUCUUGAAGCAUAUGAACCUGGUUGGACAGCCACUCAUGAUAUGGAGUUAAGUCUAAUAGAACCUGGACAGGCCAGUCAACACUCGGCUAACUGUAACUGAAUCAAUCUCCAUAACUUCUGAUGUGUGGCCACCCUUGAUCAGCUUGUGAUUAUUUGUAGCUGCUUGAUUCUCUCUCACCAUGGUUCUGAGACAUUGUCAUCCUCAACUGGAAAUCUUAUAUUCCUCAUCCGGGACUAGUUGGUGUGCCAUACUCUUGAGUUUGUCCUUCAUUCUCAGCUGACCUUACAGGGAAUCAUGACCCAGUAAUAGAUUGCUUGUAUUUAGAUGAUUUUGAGGGAACUUGGAUUAGUUUCUUGCAGUUUCCUCUGAACUAAUUGUGUUACAGAAUCACCAGGGAAGACUUACUUGUGGCUGACCUUUAUAAAUCCUCUGAAGUUUUGUACUAUGAGCUAUACCACUCACCAACUCUGUUUGAAAGAGAGAACGGGAAUUGUUUG